AUGGCGAAAGAUAAAGAAGAACAAAACAGAGAAAAUUCUUCAUCAUGUUUCAAGAAUCUCUCUUUCCCAUUCAACACUACUUUCUUGAUUUCAAACGCGAUCUUCCUCGUUACAUGCGCAUUCUGGUUCGUUACCGUCGUAACAUUACAUUACAAAACCGAUGAAUGUAAUCGGUUUGUGACAACUCCCGGAAUCUUCGUAAGCUUCUCAUUACUCGUAAUGUGUCUCACCGGAUUCUACGCUGCUUACUACAAGUCCGAUUGUCUAUUCCGAAUCCACUUCUUCAUCUUUUUCUUGUGGAUGUUCGUGGUCGUGGCUAAAGCUGUCUUCGUUUACUGUCUCCAUAAGGAAACUCACCCUAGGUUGUUUCCUGGGACAAAGAUCCAUGAGUAUAGGUUUGAGGAUUACUCGGGAUGGGUUCGUAGAUUGGUUAUCAAAGAAGAUGAAUGGUAUCGUAUAAGGAGAUGUCUUGUUAAGGACAAUUUUUGUAACAAGUUGUUCUCUAACCAAAACAUGUCGGCUUCUGAGUUUUAUCAAAUGAAUCUAACUCCUAUACAGAAGAUGAUUGCAAGAGAUGGAACAAUGCAGAAGAGACAUUAUGCUUCGAUUGCUACUCAUGUAAAGCUGUAA